CCAUCCCCUCCUCCCAUCUCCCCUUGGCAGGCAGCCCCUGCCACACAGACCGUGCCCACAGUGUGCCUGGCAGAUGGGGCACCCCUUUCUCGCAGCCUGUAAGAGCAGAGAAAACCUUUCGGAGCUGCAGGACAAGUGAUAUUUUUGGCUCAGCUCACGGAUCGAUUCCUGCCCUCUCUUUCCCUGCCACUUGCAGGAAGGACUCCCCGAGUGAGGAUGUAGAGUGCAGCUUUUAAAGACGUGGAGCAGGGCGCUGCAGCCUCCCAUGCAUCAGGGCUCAACAAAACACAAGAGAACAGCACCUGAAAUGAUCUUGAAGGAAUGAUCAUCUAUUAAUUUCACAAACAAAGCACGAUGCACCCAACAUGCAAGUGAUUGCACAUGGAAACAAGUUACACAUCACAAGGGGGAAGCCAAGCACAAGUCUUGCUAGUUACAGUCUCUGCGUACAGAGCUCUGAAGGAGACUCAGGAAAAAAAGCACGAGCAUGACAGAGAAGGAGAUGACCAUGCUGAUCACAGUAUCAUCCUCCAUCCAGCCCACUCCCGUCCGCCACCAUGCAUCUCCCCCUCCCACCCUCCCAAAGCCCAAGAAGGACAACCUGCGGCUCCAGCAGCUGCUGAAGAAGGCUGCCAAGAAGAAUGCCAUGCUAGCUGCAGAGCAAGCUAAGUCUUUCCGGUCCAACCUCUCCCCAGUGAAUGAGGCCAGCUCUGACCUAGAACGCAGUGAGAAUGUUCCCCCAGCAGAGCCCCCCAAAGCAGCAGCACCUGGCCCCACCAGCCUCCCAGUGCACCUCUCCAUCAAGCCUAUCACGCACCAUCGUGUGCCCUCCCCUUUGCGCAAGAGCAAGCCCUUUGUGUUGAAGGUUACUGAGCAGAGACGCAUUGCUGAGCACCUCAGACUCACCACCCCCACAGCUGAGUCCCCACUGCAUGAGCCAGCACACCCAGCAAGGAAGGGACACCAGAGGCCACCUAUAUCACCAAGGUACACACUUAUUUCCGCAGCGUCAAGGCACCGAGAGCCAAGACACCAACAUCAUAUCAGACCCAAAGCCACAAAGAUGUGGGAUGCCAUUUUAUACCAGAUGACAGUCAACAAGGAGAGGAAGCAGCAAGCAGAAGAGAAGAAAGCACAGAAGGAAGAAGGCUUCUUUCUUCCCCGCCGUUUACCCAUCUUUCUGCAUAAGCCACGCUUCGAUGCCCGGAAACUGAGAGAGCUGGCUGCCAAACCCAUGUCAAAGAUCACCACUGUGUUUGAGGUAGGCCGAUACGGAUCCAGGACAGACAAGGAGCACACCAAGAGCUUUAACAGAACAGCAUCAGGAUGGUCAGUGAACUGA